UGGUUUAAUCGCAUUCUUUCGGCAUAUAACAAUCUGUUCGUAGCUUAAAAAUAGUUUUAAAGUGUAACAAGUUAGAUUGACCAGGUCUUAGGUGCCAACAAGUUGUACAGUUUAACUAGGUUUAACAAAGUUUAACAAACAGUUUAACUAGGUUUGACAGAUCAACAGGUCGGCGAUUUUGGACUCUCCAAUAUACCUUAUCUUGGUUCUGGGACGUGCGAUCAUCGCUUUAAAAACAUUGUAUUUUUAAGCUUAAAAAAGCAUGUCUAAAAAUUUAGUUUUGUUUUUAGAUCUACGUAGUUUACAAAGCCGCUGAAUAUGCCAAUGCAUUUACGCACUCCUAUCUGAAAAAUGGUGCAGCAAAACCGUUUACCCAAAACGCAUCUGGUAUUUGAUUGAUAACUACAAAAUGGACGAGAACGGCGAGUUAUUUCUCAGCCGGGAUUGUUUUUUGGAGAUAAUGAAUUAUGUAAUUGCUGAUUGCACCUUGACGGACCAAAAUGUCGAGCAGGGAACUUCAAGGUAUGAUGAUUUAAUCAACCUUGUGCUGUCCCAUGAAUUAUUCGUGGAAUUGCUCGCGGCGUAUCGCAAACGUUUGUACGAAGAUCUGGAGUACGCCCUCGCUUGCAGAAUCAUAAAACUUCUGAUAGAUUUGCGCGUUAAUAAAUUAUCAAACCAACCAACCGAAUGUUUCUGGAAAUCGUAUUUGCAAUCUGUCAGAGAAAGGAAUGCGUUCAAUGUAGAACUAUCUUUUGGCCCCCAUAAACAGGAAAGAGAUGACUCCUUUGUAAACAUAACUCUAAUAGCAAUAAACAUAUAUAUUUAAAGGCCUAUCAUCGAACCUUGCAAGCCUCGAAAUGUUAAAGUUAGAAGGCACUUUUACCGCAAGCGCUUUAGCUGACAUCUGUAUCUUGAUCCCAAAUUUGAGGAAGUUGGCCCUUGAAGGCAUUACAGUCGCUGGAACUGUUUCCGAAAUAGCCCCUCAUUGCACAUACCUUGAGGAACUAAAAAUUAAGUUUAACGCAGAAGGCGGCGGGGCUGACCAAUAUGCACCGCUGGCACACUUGCCCAAUUUAAAAGACUUCAUCAUAACUGGAAUCUAUGAAAGUGGUUCGGAAAUGCUAUUUUUCAAAAGUUUUGAAAAAUUGCACAGGCCUAGAAAUCUGCGACCAUCGAUACUGACCAUCGAAGAUUCUUUAUUCCAUGGAACACAUACAAAAAGGUCUAUUAUAAUUCCUGCUUUUGAAUCAUUGCUAUUUUUGGAAUUGUAUUUAGCUUACUUUGAUGAUGAACCUCCUAACAAAAUCACAUUUGAUUUAUGUGAAAUAUCGGAGAACAGCUGUUUCACAGAUGAUUUGCUCGUAGCCAUACCUGAAACGAAAACACUAAGAAUAAAGUUUGACAGGUAUAAAGGAGAACUGGAGUUAAAGCUUUAUUGGUCCUCGGACAUUAGUCAAUUUGGUCAGUUAUCAAAGUUGCCCAACUUUGAUCGGCUGGUAGUACUUAAUAAAUGUACUGCUUUAGAUCAUCCCGAAUCAAUAGCAAAAUUUCUUCAAUCAAUGGUCCCAAAAGGGCAGAUCGGUUUGAAAUCCUGCAAAAUUCACUACGGACCAAUAGAUGAAUUAGAGACAAUAGAAAUUGCGAAAAUAAAAUCAAUUCGGUCUCUGGGAUGCCACGUCUGGGAAUGGAACUCCAUUAAGCUUUUAAGCCAAUUGCCCAACCUGGACCACCUGGUGAUCAAUGUCCGCGACACGAUUGAUUCCUUCGACUCGAAGAUUCUUCUUGAUCUGAUAACUGCGUGUCAGGUGCAAGCUACUAUACUGUGCAACAGAUUCAGUAUCACUAUAAAAAAAACUGAAAAACACCUUGAGAUUAAAAUGAAAAGAGAUUAUCAGCUCGAUGCUCUGAGGUUCCUGGCUCAACUUAGUUUUAACACCCUGACGAUCUCUGGGGAUGCGGAUCCUGCAUCACUUAAUCCAUUCCUUGACGCCUUUGUUACCAGCAAUUUUAGUACAAUUCAAGAACUGGAUAUUUCUGAAUUGCAAUAUGAUUUGGGAGACCUUUGCGGAUAUAAAUUCGGGUUUGAAGAUAUUUCAAAAGUAGCAGAAUUGCAAAGCAUAAGGAAGCUAAAAUUAACCUUGUUUAACACAAAUGGUAUUGAAAAACUCGGUGAGCUUAAUAACCUCGAGGAACUGGCCAUUUGCGCUAAGGGACGUCAUGAAGCUCUUUUUAUAAAACUGGCUGAAAAGAAUACGAUUCGAAGUAUUUCUUGCAGUGAACUCAAUCCCAAUGAGUUUUCAAAGGUUUCUCGAAUAAGGUCACUUAAAAAACUGGUGUUCCCUUCUUCAGCCUCACUCAACUUACAGUCCUUUUUCGAUCUAGCUAACUCGAGCAUUGAAGAAUUCUAUUUUCAAUCGCACAAACAUUCCUUACAACAGUUUAUUUCCGCAUUUUCUUCAAACAAAACUACUAGACUUCAGCAUCUUCACGUUUACAAACUCGACAUAUCACAAAAUGCUGAAGUAAAGGAGCUGAAAUGUCUUAAAAGAUUGGUGGUUAAAAAUUUUAGUUCGCAAUGUGCGCCAACAUUAAAUAAAUUUCCCGAACUGGAGUACCUAGCCCUGGAAAACUAUUAUAAAUUGCCUUCAAAAGCUAGCACAAGCAAUUUAAAUAAUUUGACACUCAACUCACUACCAUUGACUCUUCAGACGUUGGACAUCAGUUUUUAUAUUGGCUUUGGUGAGUGCAAUUAUUUGGUAGAACUUAAAAAAUUAAAUGACCUAAAAUGCUCUUUGCGCGAUGAGCCUGGCGUAGAAGUUUUGGCCAAUAUUCAAAACCUAAGGAAAUUAACCAUUGACUGUGCCGAGGGUUCGCUUACUGAACUUUACCGGGCCUUUGCUCUUAUGUCAAAGUUACAAGAACUGCAUGCAUGGAUACCUUUGUGUUCAGAUGACAUCCGCGAAAUAUGGCAAAUCAAAUCGUUGACAAACUUAAGUUUUUGGUACCAAAAAGAAUGUGAUAACUUAGCAGGCCUUGGAGAACUACUUGAACUUAAAUCCCUGCAUAUAGUUCGUCGAUUUUGGGAGAGAGUCGAUAUUGAAAGCGUCUUGCCGAUUUUUAAGUCAUCUAAAAAGCUCCAGUACGCCGAAUUGAAAGGAGAAUCAGUGGCUACAAACCUAGCAAGCAGAAUACACAAAAUUCUGAAAUCCGUAAGGGAUCCUGCACUUCAAGGGCCGUUAAAACUUUGUAUAAUUGACCUCUCCCCUUUUCCAAACAUUCAUGUGGACGACAUUGAUGAGGCAUACUUAAACGUUUCCUAUUCUUACGAAACACCCGACGAUGGUUAUUGCUGUGAAUUUUUGUCUGAAAGAAGAAAUUCCUCAGAUUCUCAAACCUUUUGCUAUUCUUUUAAAAAAGGAGAAUGGUUUUAGAUAAGACUCUAGUUGAAUACAUAGAAGGUAUUGUUUACUUCUUAUGUACAAAUAAUACACCUUACCUACCUAAUACCUAUACCUAAUAUUUGAUAAGUCACAAGAAAAACACUUUUUAAAAGAAUCCAAAGUAAUAUAAUAUUAAAUAGGCCUAACUCUGUUGCUGAUUUAAACUUAAAUAUGAAAACAAGGUUGAUAUAGUUCUUAGCUAUAUA